ACUUAGCAUCUCGGAGCCAAACUACAAAAAAUGGAGCCGACUCUUUCGCCUCCUAGUUCUCCACUUCAAUCUCAUGGGAUACCUUGACGGGACCACCAUCGCCAAAUCGGCCGAUGAUGCAGAAUGGUAUCAAUUCGACGCUCUACUUCAAGGAUGGAUCUUGUCUACCGUCUCCGAUGAGGUCUCCGAUCUCGUUCUUGCAAACAGCCCCACUGCCUCUGCUCUAUGGAAAGCCAUCUACAAAUUGUUCCAUGAUAACAAGCAUGCCCGGGCGAUGCAACUGGAGCACCGUUUCCGCACCACCGUCAAAGAGACGAAGACAAUCAAUGAAUAUUGUCAUACUCUCAAAAACCUCACCGACUACCUUGACGACGUCGACGCUCCGGUGACCGAGCACGCCCUGGUCCUACAAGUUCUUCAAGGUUUUCCGCACGACAUUCGGGGACAGGUCCAUUUUUUGCAGUAUCAAAAUCCGUUCCCGACGUUCUUGGAAGUCCGCUCGGCCCUCCUCCUAGUCGAACAACAGCAGGCCGAAGCCCUCCCCAGCGCCGGCCCGUCAACCACCCUCCUCAGCUUCAGCGGCGGCGGCUGUUCCACGAUGGGCGGCAAUCAGUCGCGGCAGGGCAGCAACUCCGGACGCGGUAGUUUCGGCGGCUCCAAUUGGGGAAACUCUGGCGGCUAUCGAGGGCGUGGCCGUGGACGUGGACCCGUGUCCAUCAUCUUCCUCAUUCUUCUCUGCGCGUCGGAUCGGAGGGGAGUUCCGCCGGAGUUGUCGCCGGAGUUCUACAAGGAUCGGCCGGAGUUUAAUUUGUCAAUAGAGACACCGGAAGACUCGCCGACUGGAGGAGGUGGCCGGCGGGCGGCGGCGUGGCAGGUUGGGGGAGGCCGUAAGUCCGUAACUAAGGGCUGUAAGGCACUUUAAAUAAUUAGAUUUAUACUAAUUAUAACAUUAUUUGAUUUAUAUCUCUUGGAUAAUCAAAAUUAUACUUUGGAAAUUUUUUCACCUUUGAUACUAUGGAGUUUUAUGCACCUUAGGUACUUUGGUUUAAUUUGUGGGCAGUGGCAGCGUGCAGUGAAGUUUUUUUGCAUUCUAGAUAUUUUGGAGGUAGUAAGGCAUUUUGGAGUUUUUUUGCACUCUGUUUUGAUUUUUUUUACAAAUUAUGUAUUUCGUACCUUAAUCUCCCUUGAGAUAAUUAGAUUAUACGUUGGAGUUUUUUUAAAAGAAUAGGGAGUAUAUUAUAUCUUCUUUUAUUGUAAUGUUUGUGUUUUGUUAUGUAAUAUGACUUUGGUGUUUUGUAUGAGUUAAUAUUAAUUACAAUUAGUCUUCUUUAUUUUGUACGGAGUAUAUGUUAAAAUUUUUAUGAACCCACUAAACAUAUUUUCUGCGUCCGCCCCUGUAUGCAGUCAUCAGGCAGCGCGUUGAUAUCGAUUCCGAUAACGCUAUUCUCAGCCGCCAUUGCUGAGACCCACUCAAUUCAAGCAAGGUUUUCCUAUUAACCCGUAAUCACUAAUAUUGAAAGAAACUAAGCCGCCAUUGCUGAGACCCACUCAAUUCAGUACAUGCGCCCGCAAAUACAUUUACUCAGUAUGGUCUCUCCUAUAUUUAUUUUUUUUUUGUAAAUUUUGUAAAUUUUUUAUCUAAUGCAUAAAACAUACGUGAGAAC